UUGAAGAAUUUCAUCCUUUCGAGUAACUCUGCGGGCAAUUCGGCAGAAGUGGGAGACCUCGUCACUGCCUAUACUGAACUGCGUGAAGAAGUGGAAGAACUGCGGGAGAAUUAUAGAAAAGCCAAAGAAUCGGCUGAACAGCUGACAAGAGAACGCGAUUUCUUGAAAGCGAAGGUCAACGAACGACAGAUUUACUCAGAUCAAGGGACCAGUUCCUCAACAGAGGAUGACGUCUUCCGUUCUUCAAACGGGACCGUUCAGUCGGUGACUGCAGGACCCAGUGAGGAUUUUGCUCGCAGGAUGCAGCAGCUGCGGGAAGAAAAGGACAAGUGGGAAAGGUAUGCAAACCGGCUGGUCGAGAAGGUGAUGGAAACCCACCCCGAGAUCCUGGACUCGGCAGUAGCAAACAAUUCGGCCAACCUCUCUGAAUUCGACAGGAAACUCUAUCAAUCAAUGCGCAGACAGAGGCAGACCAGGCAAGCGGUUGCUACGGCCUGUCAAGAUGCACGGGUAGAAACCGCCGAGAGUGUGGCUCAGACGCGGAGGCGACGCAUCGACAAGAUACGUGACUUCUUCCGCAGACACAAAAAACACUAA